AUUUGAUUAUUUAGAGGGCGGGGUUUAUGCUCCUCCUGCACACUUGGUUCAGACAAAAAAAUGUUUACAGGAAGUUCAUUCCAGAACAUAUGGCUUUCAUCAGAUGGACAGAAGAAAAAUUUGGUGAAUGGUGGCUUGUCAGCUGGGAUUGUAAAAAAAAAAAAAACAUUCCAAGGAAAAGUUUGAGUCAGAGCUGCACGACUCCAAGCUAGAACCUACACGGAGAGAACUUUCUAAGAACUUUGCAAGAAAUUAUAAAAGUAAUAUUCUGUUUAAAAAGCCAGGGAUCAUAUUUCCGUUUGAAGAGAUACCAAAGAAAAACAGCUAUAAAACAUCUGCAGGAUACCAACACUGAGCUCUUUGUCUUCUACCAUGAGUUCUGUGGGCAUUUUCUCAUUGAAAGCCUGUGAUGGCAGUAGUGAAAAAAUAGUAAUAAAUGUCGGUGGGGUUAAAUAUGAGACCCACACAAGCACCCUAAUGGCCCUUCCAGGGUCCCGUCUUGCCAAUCUGGUGGACACUAACAAGCCUCCCUCAGAGCUAUUUUUUGAUCGCAACCCUGAAGUCUUCGGCCAUGUGCUGCAGUACUACAGGAGCGGGAAGCUGCACUGCCCCACCAACUUUUGCGGGCUACUGCUGGAGGAGGAGUUUGCUUUCUGGGGUGUUAGUGGCACAGAUGUGGAGCCCUGCUGCUGGGCGACAUUUCGACAGAACAAAGAUACUGUAGAGGCUUUGGCUCAGAUUGAACCUUCAGUGAUGGAGAAAGAGGAGGGACCAGGUCAAAACCACCAAUCCAGAAACUCCAGAGCUUGGAUGCAGAAGAUAUGGGCUCUCUUUGACAAUCCAUAUUCAUCCUUCACUGCCAAAGUCAUUGCGAUCAUAUCUCUGUUCUUCAUCCUGCUCUCUUUCACCGCAUUCUCUCUGCAAACAGAACCCAAUAGAUAUCUUUCCCCCUUUUACAUUUUACAGACAGGCAACUCAACUGGAAAGUGUAUGGGGACCCUUCUUGUAGAUUCUCUGGACGUGGUGGAGUUAGUGUGUUCGGUGUGGUUUGUGUUUGAGUUUGUGAUGCGUGUAGUCAGCUGUCCAAGCAAACCACGCUUCUUCAUGAACGUUAUGAACAUCGUCGACCUGCUGGCCCUGUUCCCGUGGUUCUCGCGGUGCUGCACCAGUAUGUACUGCUGGAAGGCGAUGAGCUUUCUGCAUGUAAUGCGAUGCAUACGUGUCUUUCGCAUCUUCAAGCUGAUGCAGCAUGUGUUUGGCGUGAGAGUGCUCAACCACGCACUUCGCGCCAGUGCAACAUCUCUCUACACGCUGCCUCUUGUGUUCUUAAUCUGCACGCUCAUCUUUGGUACCAUGUAUUUUUUCGCAGAAUUUGAAAAUGAAAAUGCGUACUUCACUAGCAUUUCCUCUUGUUUUUGGUGGGCAGUGGUCACUCUGACCACGGUGGGUUAUGGAGACGUGUUUCCUAUAUCAGGUCCAGGGAAGUUGGUAGGCUCUCUCUGUGCAAUGGUUGGGGUUCUGCUCAUCAUCCUGCCUCUACCCAUAAUCAUCAACAACUUCAUCAAGUUCAGCUCCCUGCUCAAGACAAAGUACUCAAUGCCCAGAAAGAAGGGGAAGCAUAUUGUAGAUACAGCCCCCUCAUCCUCUGCUUAGAGCUGCUAAAACUAAAAUAAAAACAGCAGGUAUCAAGGAAACAAUCAAGUUAUAUUCUAGGCCUAUGAUAUAUGUGACCCUAGAACACCAAACCAGUUUUAAGUUGCUGGGAUAUAUUUUUAUCAAUAGAAUAAAAAAUAAAUAAAAAAUUCUGCUUUAUCAGACAGAAAUCUGUGGGCCCAGUUGUCCUUUAGGAUUAGUAACUGAAAACAAAAAUGCGUGAAAGAUUUGAUCCAGGUGCAGAUAUUUGGAUGAAUGCAUUUUCAAUGAGAAUCUGACAUUUUGGCACCACAUUUGAACGGUUGUUUUUUAUACUCUAGACUUGUUUGUAUUUGAAUAUGUAUCUUUCAUACAAGAUCUGUUGCAGUUUAUACCUUGUUGGUGUUUUUGCAUGUGUACACUAAAUUGUAUUGUGUGUUUGUGCUUUUAUUAAAUCCAUUUCAACUUUU